UUUGGAAUGACCGUUGACGAAGUUGAGAACUUGAAAAGAAAAGGCUACAACGCAUAUGACUACUACAAUAGUAAUCCCGAAUUAAAACAGGUGAUAGAUCAAAUACAAAACGGUUUCUUCAGUCCUAAAAAUCCAAACGAAUUUAGAGAUCUUGUGGACAUUUUGCUUAAAUAUGACAGAUUUCUCACCCUUGCUGAUUAUGAGUCAUAUAUUAAAAAACAAGAAGAAGUAAAUGCAGCAUAUGAGAAGCACUCUAAAUGGACUGAAAUGGCUAUCCAUAAUAUUGCGUCUUCAGGUAAAUUUUCAAGUGAUCGUACAAUUAUCGAAUACGGAAAAGACAUUUGGGAUGUUCAACCAAAUUAUGAAAAAUUACCUGCACCUAACGAAUCAAGAGACACUAAUUAGGAAUCUCCUUUUUGUUACUACUGUCCUUUAUUUAGAUUGAAUAGUGUUUAUUUGCAUGCAUGUUUUAGUCUCUCGCGGAUUUUAUGCCUGCAAGUUUUUGUUGAAAUAUUGAAAAAAUAUAUAUCCUUGUAUUUAA